CCCCCCGGUUUUAGCUGUGUCUUCAAACGUCAGUUCUUCCAAAUCUCAUUUGCAGUCCAGUUUUCUUCCUUGAACUGUUUUCCCGGGAUUCAAACACCGAAUUCUCAACCCUGGGAGAAGAUACAACUCAUGAAGCAUCAAGUUCUCAUGGUCAAUCGCAAGAUUUCAUUGGAAUAAAUACCCAAAAUCCAAACACAUACUUCGUUUCCAUUUCAUAUUUUCUAUGGACAAAGAAACUGAACUGCUCUCGCACCUAGUCGCGAACCAUCUACACCUAGCACAAAUCGAGCCGUUACGAGCCACGCUUCUCGCUCUACGAACUAAAGACCCUGAACUUGCUCGAGCAAUCCUUCAAACGAUCGUUGCCAACUCGGGUCGGUUCGAGAACAUUGCCUGGUCACCUUCUUGUCCAUCACCAGCUCUACUAACCUACCUUUCAACUCUCGAACUCUUGCAAUUUAAUAAUCCUACAUCGAUAUGGAGCUUCGAUCCCGAUACAUUGCGACUACGAGCGGAAUUUUUGUUGUUAGUUCAAGUUUUGAUCGACAAGAUAUUGGCUAGUCUGAGAAGAGAUGUUGACUUGGACAAAAUUGAAAAGGAGAAGGUAAGUGAGAGUGAGGGUUUUGAGGAAGAGAGACCAGAGUUGUUGGAUAGAAGUGAGGAUUUGAAAGAGGGAAAUGGUGAUUUGGGAGAUUGUGUUAGGGUUUUAGAUAGGUUUUUGGAGUUGGGAAUGAGGAGGUUGAGACCGGAUGUAGUCAUGGACGGUAUUGAUGAUGGUGGUGGAGAGGAGCAUAAGGCUGUUUUGGAGAAGGUUUUGAUUGAGGAAGAAGACUUGGUUUGUUUGAGGAAGGUGAUCAUUGAUUAUGCAGAUCUUUUCGAUGCCUUAUGCGCGAAUAUUCAGAGGCAAUUGAAAGGGCUGGACGAUGUUGAUUUGGGGAUGGCUAUAAUGGUACGAAGAGAGGAGAAGGUGAGAGUGGAUUCAUUUGAUGAGGAACAUAAGGGGGUUCUUAGUUUAAUGCAAAAGAGUGUUCAGUUGGCUCAUUUGGAUGCUAUGAAGUUAUCUGCGAAGGACGGGGAUAUUGAAGGAGCAGUUUCUCAUAUUCGUUUUCUUCACCUUGAUCAUGGAGUCGAGGAGAUUCUGUAUCGGUCACUCUUAAAAGAUCUACUCAAGAGGGUUUUAUCAGAAAUGGAAAUAUUUGGAGAGUCCAGGCAUUCCCAAGAAGAAAAAUUGUUACGGAUUUAUGAAGAAGCUCUAUCAUCAAAUUGCAGGCAUCUGAUUCAAAUAAUUAAAGUUAUUCAUGAUGAGUUGCUUGUUGAAGAGAUUGAGAUGUAUAGAUCUCUUGAUAACAACCAAAUUCCACCACCUCUUGAGCAUUUUCAAAAGUAUUUAGUGGAAUUGAAACCUAAUGCAUAUUUAAAUAACAAUCAUUGGCCCUUGACUAUGGCAUCAAGUUCUUGCAUGAGAGAUUUGUUCCAUUAUGCUCGCAUUUCUGGGUUACAUGUACUAGAGUGUGUGAUGAAUACAACUUUGUCUGCCAUAAAAAAGGAGAACAUUGAAGAAGCAAAUAAUGUUCUUGUAUUGUUCCCUCGCCUUAGGCCCCUAAUAGCUACUAUGGGUUGGGAUUUGCUAUCUGGUAAAACAAUUUUGAGGCGGAACUUGAUGCAACUUCUUUGGAUAAGUAAAUCACAUACGUUUCAGCUGGAAGAAUAUCCUCUCUAUGGAAACCAAUCAGAUGAGGUAUCUUGUGUGGAACAUCUCUGUGAUCAAUUAUGUUAUAACCUUGAUAUUGCCUCUUUUGUUGCUUGUGUCAAUUCUGGUCAACCAUGGAGUUCAAAAUUCUCAUUACGAUUGUCUGGACGUGAAAACAUAGUAUAUGGAAGUGAAGAUGCAAAGUUAGAUACGUUCGUUGAAAAUUUUGUGUUGGAAAGGCUUGCCGUUCAAACUCCUCUCCGGGUACUGUUUGAUGCUGUUCCAAGCAUAAAGUUUCAAGAUGCUAUCGAAUUGAUUAGCAUGCAACCCAUUGCUUCUACUCUUGAGGCCUGGAAAAGGGUGCAAGAUAUUGAACUUAUGCACAUGCGCUAUGCUUUGGAAUCGACUGUUCUUGCACUAGGAGCAAUGGAAAGGAGCAUGACUGGUGACAAAGUGACUCAUCAAGUGGCACUAUGUCAUUUGCAAGACCUAAAGAACCAUUUAGCAGCCAUAAAAAAUAUUCCACGCAAGAUACUGAUGGUGAAUGUGAUAAUCUCACUUUUACACAUGGAUAAUAUCAAUCUCAAUUUGAUGCAUUGUGCCUCAAUAGGAGGCCUUUUUCAACAGCCUGUUGAAUGUGGUUCGGAACACACUGAUUUAGCCAUAGAUGAAGGUGGAAACAAAAUGGUUAUAUCUUUCACAGGGUUGCUACUUGAUAUUGUACGUUGCAGCCUUCCACCAUGCAUAACUGAGGAGCAUGCAUCUACUGAUGGUUUAAGCAUGUCUUGGAGGCAGGCUUUGGAGUGGAGAAUCUCAAUGGGUAAACGUUUCAUUGAAGAUUGGGAAUGGCGAUUAUCAAUUUUGCAGCGCCUUCUCCCAUUAUCUGAACGGCAUUGGAGUUGGAAGGAGUCAUUGACUGUAUUACAAGCAGCCCCAUCUAAGCUACUUAACCUUUGUAUGCAGAGAGCAAAAUAUGACAUCGGAGAAGAGGCUGUUCAUCGGUUUUCGUUAUCUGUAGAAGACAGAGCUACCCUUGAAUUAGCUGAGUGGGUAGAUAAUGCAUUUGGAAAAGUGCAUGUAGAAAAUGCUGUCUCUCUUGCAGCUGAUGGGGCUUCUACGGUUCAGGAUCUGGAUUUUUCACUGUUGCGCUCUCAAUUAGGUCCUUUGCCUGCUAUAUUUCUGUGCGUUGAUGUUGCUGCAACUUCAGCAAGGUCUGCCCAUAUGUCUCAAUUGCUUCUAGAUCAGGCUCAAGUUAUGUUAUCUGAGAUAUAUCCAGGAGGUUCCCCAAAGGUGGGUUCAACAUACUGGGAUCAGAUCCAUGAAGUUGGAGUUAUUUCUGUAUUACGAUGUGUCCUUAAACGACUUUAUGAGUUCUUGGAACAGGAUAGUCCUCCAGUUCUUCAGGCCAUUCUGACAGGGGAGAUCUCCAUUUCAUUAGCCCAGGAUUCUCAUCGACAGGGACAAAAGGAACGUGGUUUUGCACUGCUACAUCAGAUGAUUGAAGAUGCUCAUAUGGGCAAGCGACAGUUUCUUAGUGGCAAGCUUCACAAUCUAGCAAAAGCUAUCGCUGAUGAAGAAAUGGAAGUAAAUUUUACUAAGGGGGAAGGAUCGGGAAUGGACCUCAAAGUACAAUCCAGUCUUGACAAGGAUGGUGUUCUCGGGCUUGGGUUAAAAGCUGUCAAAAAGACAUCAUUAAUUUCCAUGGCUGGAGAUAAUAGCAUGCAGUCUGUUGGAUAUGAUAUGAUGGAUGCUGGGAAGAGACUAUUUGGUCCUUUAAGUGCAAAGCCCACUACGUAUUUGUCACAAUUUAUUCUCCAUAUUGCUGCAAUAGGUGACAUAGUGGACGGAACAGAUACAACUCACGAUUUUAACUUUUUCUCACAUGUAUAUGAAUGGCCCAAAGAUCUUUUAACUCGUUUAGUUUUCGACCGAGGCAGCACAGAUGCAGCUGGAAAAGUAGCGGAGAUAAUGUCUUCCGACUUUGUUCAUGAAGUAAUUUCAGCAUGUGUACCCCCAGUUUACCCUCCACGGUCUGGUCAUGGAUGGGCAUGUAUUCCCGUCAUCCCCACAUGCCCUCGUAGUUGUUCAGAAAAUAAAGUACUUUCUCCUUCUGCUAAAGAAGCUAAGCCUAGCUGUUACAGUCGUUCCUCUGCAACAUCGGGGAUCCCUCUUUACCCUCUCCAAUUGGAUAUAGUUAAACAUUUGGUUAAAAUAUCUCCUGUCAGGGCUGUCUUGGCAUGUGUUUUUGGAAGCAGUAUGUUACACAGUGGCAAUGACUCCCCUAUAUCUAGCUCCUUGGAUGAUGAUUUAUUGCAGACACCUGAUAUUGAUUGGUUGUUUUAUGAGUUUGCGCUUGAUCAAUCUGAAAGGUUCCCUACUUUGAAUAGAUGGAUACAAAUGCAAACUAAUCUUUAUAGGGUAUCAGAGUUUGCUGUGACAGCUAUGCAAAGUGCUGAUGAUGACAAUGUUAAACCUGAAACAAGAACUGUUGUUAAGAGAAUGCGGGAAUCUGACAGUGACACCGAGUCUGAAAUUGAUAAAAGUGUUGGUAAUUCUAUCAUGACGACAUCCUUUGACCUCAACGUUAAAGAUAACACUUCUCCAGACCCAUGGCAUGAUUGCAUAAAACCUGAAACAGCUGAAAUUGAUAUUACAAUUUUUCUUUAUUUUGGUUUAGAGAAUGAAGAUCCAUAUGAGAAAGCUGUGGAACGGUUGAUUGAUGAAGGAAAACUAAUGGAUGCUCUUGCACUCUGUGAUCGAUUUCUACGUAAUGGAGCCUCAGACCGGUUGCUUCAACUCCUAAUUGAGCGCGGAGAAGUAAGUCAUCCAACCUCUGAACAAUCACAGGGUUAUGGGGGACAUGGCAUCUGGAGUAAUAGUUCGUAUUGUCUGCGGUUGAAGGACAAACAACUGGCAGCUAGACUUGCCCUCAAGUAUGUCAAAAUCGGAGUAAAAUCUUAUUAUUUUGUAUAG